GGGAGGCUGGGUGGAGGAUGGUCACUGUAGUCCAGGGGACUAAGAUGGAAAUGGUGAUUGAGAUGAGAUUGUUUCCAGUGCCAGGUAGGAGACGGCAUAGACGUUGGCGGUCCAUUUAGGUGAAAAGUGACCCCAGGUUCCUGGUGUAUGCAGAUGGAGGGCCACCUGCACCUGAGUGGCCAGAUGAGCCUGUGUCCUUUCUGUGGAACAGGAUUGUGGUUGAGGUGCGGUCUGCAGACACUGACAGAUAACCAUAUGUGUAAUCCAGCUGUGUGCCAGGCACUUAGUGAAAAACCAGUAGCCUUCUACUUUCCUCUCUGCAGAGUCUUUAGAUUCCAUCAUAGAAUACAAAUAUAGUCUAAUACUAGAAAGUACAAGCCUUAUUCCUGUGCAACUUCAGAACUCAUAGCCUACCCCACUGACAAGCACCUUUAAGAAAACUCUUCACAUCUUUCUGUUGAGUCCUCAGUCAGGAUAGCCUUGGUUUGAAAUUGUAGUGCUAGAGGAAGACAUGUCUGCAUAGGACCUUUCUGGAAGUAACCUUGCUGUCCCUCUUCCCUCCUCCAUGAUUUUUCUGGCAGGCCAGAAGAAUGUUUGAAGGUGAGAUGGCAAGCUUGACGGCCAUCCUGAAGACAGAAACAGUGAGAGUGCCCAAGCCCAUGAAGGUUCUUGACGCCCCAGGAGGAGGGAGUAUGCUCGUGAUGGAGCAUUUGGACAUGCGGUAUCUGAGCAGUCAUGCUGCAAAGCUCGGAGCCCAGCUAGCAGAUCUACACCUUGAUAACAAGAAGCUUGGAGAGAUGCUCCUGAAGGAGGCUGGCACAGUGGGGAGAGGAGGCGGGCAGGCAGAACGGCCCUGUGUGGAUCAGUUUGGGUUUGACGUGGUGACGUGCUGUGGAUACCUCCCUCAGGUGAAUGACUGGCAGAAGGACUGGGUUGCGUUCUAUGCCCGGCAGCGCAUUCAGCCCCAGAUGGACAUGGUGGAGAAGGAGUCUGGGGACAGGGAGGCCCUGGAGCUCUGGUCUGCUCUACAGUUGAAGAUCCCUGACCUGUUCCGUGAUCUGGAGAUCGUCCCAGCCCUACUCCAUGGAGACCUCUGGGGAGGAAACGUAGCAGAGGAUUCUGCUGGGCCCAUCAUUUUUGAUCCAGCUUCUUUCUAUGGCCACUCGGAAUAUGAGCUCGCGAUAGCUGGCAUGUUUGGGGGCUUUAGUGGCUCCUUUUACUCUGCCUACCACAGCAAAAUCCCCAAGGCCCCAGGAUUUGAGAAGCGCCUUAAGUUAUAUCAGCUCUUUCACUAUUUGAACCACUGGAAUCACUUUGGAUCAGGGUAUAGAGGAUCCUCCCUAAGCAUCAUGAGGAAUCUGAUCAAGUGAAUCUCUUGCCUCCAGGGGCAGGCCUCUGUUAGUGGUGUGCUG